AUGAUUACCUCUAAACGUUCGCACCAUGGAUCCUGUCCAACACUCCUCCUGCAGCGCUACGAUUCCGAAUCCGCGGUCCUUGAGAACAUCGGCGAGUACGCGGGUGCUCCCGAUGGAGAUCUGCAGUUACACGUUCCGAGCUUCCAAUCGCUAGUCCCUUUUCGUCGCAUAGCAAAUAAAAUAGUAAUUAUAUUUUGUUUUCUUUUGUCUACAACCCAGUUACUUAUCCUAGCAAUAAUGCUGCACUCCGCUCGUACGUUAGCGAUCGAGCAUCCGCAAAGUUACUCACUAUUCAAACGUGGCAUCGUGCUCGGCGAUAUGACAUACAGCUAUGCAUCCACGGAUAUGGGCUCAUCGAACGGAGGUCGUGUGAAAACGGUCACUGUCAUCAAAAACGUUGCGCUGCCCAAACCCACCAGCACGGUAUUUAGCGAUCGCACGGAGCAACUUUUCGAGUCCUACGACCUAACGGGGAACAAGCAACACGAACAGGUUCAGUACUGGCCCGCAGAUGAAACGAACAGAAUGAAAAAAAUUACCAUCAAACCACCAUCGUUCAGUAUACCUGAAACAAAAGAAUUCUCCGAAGAUGGGUUCAAACAUCCGAUCGAUCUGCUAGAAAUCGCGAAAAGCGCUGCGAAAACUCAAAAUAAAAUAAUGAAGGCUGCUCCUGGAGAUGACACUGGUCCUGUCAUGUUUCCACCGGAUGCGCAGAUGAUGAAAAAGCGGAAUAAUGGCGUUGUGAGUGUGGCCAAAGAGUACACUAGCGUGUUGACCAACGAUCAAAAGGAACGCAGUAAACCGAAAACUGCCAGUAAGCUGAGUACAAAGGUGGAAACGCCCACAAUAAAAGAAAAUCAGUACGAAAACUACAAAUUCUAUGAUCCUAGUUCCUUCUAUCAGGAUGAUUUUGAACAAAGCGAAUACGUGUAUACACCGGAAUCGAAUUCCUACGCACUGAAACAGGUGUCUAAGGCACCGACUGCAAUAAAGAAUAGGCUUAAAAAUACACAAUUCGCAUACAAAGAUCCUUCACUGCCCAGCACAACGGACUUUACCAUGUACAGCUCCAACGAUUCCACACCGGAUCUACUGUUUUCCGAACUAGCCAAUGCCGUAGCCAGCCGGAACAUUUCCAUGAUAAAGUCUUUAGCCGGGCAGCUGGACGAGCCGUAUACCUUUCCCAAGUUUGAUUUUGAAUCGCUGAAAACAGACGAAUAUGUUCCAAUAUCUUUUGAGAUAGGCCACAGUAACGUGAAUCAAGCAGAGCCCACAUCCUCCACCGAGACCAUACCCAAGCUGGAGUUUUCGGAUGAUGCAUACACUACUACUUUGACGGCGACGACGACGACAACGGCAACACCGGCAAUCAUUAAAAAGCCAUCCAAGUACAUAGCGCCGCGACUGAGAGGAAUCAAAAGGUUCUCGUCGAGAAAACAGUAGAAUUGUAGCAAUUAACUCAGUAAUUAAUAGUAAUUUAUUCUAAUAACUACAUGAUUGUUUCGAAUCACAUCCAUGAAGCGGUUUUUGUGUUGAGCAUAAAAUACAUAUUUGUUGA